AUGGGUGACGAGAGUGGACCUACGAAAGCAGAGCUACAAAAUGCAAUGCGGAAGCUUCGCGCUAUUCCCGCCAACAAGCUCUGCUUUGAUUGCAAUGCACGAAAUCCAACUUGGGCAACGGUAACAUACGGAGUUUUUCUUUGCAUUGACUGCUCAGCUACCCACCGGAAUCUUGGAGUACACCUCACUUUUGUUCGUUCCACAAACCUCGAUGUCAAUUGGACGUGGCUUCAGUUACGUGCCAUGCAAGUAGGCGGCAACGCUAACGCGAUGCAGUUUUUCAAGCAUCAUGGAUGUAACAGCAAUGACGCCCAAAUAAAGUAUAAGAGUAGAGCUGCUCAGCUGUACAGAGAAGAUUUCUUCGCUCAGGACUUUGUUCAUGCUUCUCAAAGUGCAACAUCGUUGAGCAGUGAAGCCUAUAUAGCAAAGGACAAUGACAGAAUUGGUUCAGAUGGCGAUCUGUCGAAUGAACACGGACCGAAAGUCGACCAUAUCGACUCUGAACCGGUUCCUACAUCUGCACCUGUUUCGAUAAUUCUCAAGAAGCCGAUUAAGAAAGCUGGGGGUGCCAAAAAGUCCGCUCUGGGCGCACAAAAAGUACGUAUUGAUUUCGAUGAGUUGGAGCAAAGAGCGGCUGAGCAUGAAAAAAGUCAUGCAGAGCUUGGUGUUACUGCUUCUCAAAUAGAAAAAUUGGAGACACAAAUCGAUCCUGUAACCAAAUUAAGUGCUCGACUGGCUAUGCAAGACAUACAGAAAAAGGCAAGCGAGGAUCCGCAAAAAGCAGCGGCCGUGGAUCGAUUGGGAAUGGGUGGAUUCGGAAGGCCUCGUGCAGCGCAUUCGGUGGCGCAAGGUGUGAAACCUAUCCGACAGGUGGAUUUGAGUAAACGAGCCGAGCCAACAGUUUCGCUCUCGCAAAAGAGUGAAGACGAAUGGGAAAUUCUGGAGGGAAAGACAUUAAAUAAGAAUGACGACGACCUUUUCACCACCGAUUAUUCGUCGAAACCGCGAACUGAUUUCUUCGAUAGUUGGGAUGAUCAACAACAACAGAUGGACAACAAGAGGAGUACGUCCUCAAGUUCGUCGGCCAGAAAACCAGUGGUGGCCGCUCCAAAAUCAGAUGUAGACAUUCAGAAGAAGUUUGCUGGUGCAAAAGCUAUUUCUAGUGACAUGUAUUUCGGCAGUAAUGAGAUGGAUUAUGAAACGAAGGCAGCGCUCUCUCGUUUCGAGGGGCAGUCGUCAUUGGGUUCGGCGGAUUUGUGGGGUCAAGGAAGCCAACCUCAGUAUUCCCAGUUCUUGCAGGUGCCUGAAAUGUCAGAUAUAAAGGAUUCUUUACGUGCUGGUGCUUCGAAGGUUGCUGAAAAGUUUUCAUCUAUUUCUACGUCUUUCUCUUCUUACAUGUCGGUACGUUGA